AUGGAUAGGUCAUGGAUGCAUGCUGAUAGGAGGUCUUAUGAAUAUAAGCUAGGAGUGAAGGAGUUUUGUCAGUUUGCUGUUGAUAAUGCUAGAGACCCUAAUCGCAUUUGUUGUCCUUGCACAAAAUGUGGAAAUAUGAAAGACUUUUCUGCACAAGUGAUAAAGGAUCACUUGUUUCUAAAUGAGAUAGACGUAGGUUAUGAUAAAUGGGUAGAACAUGGGGAGGUUGUGGUAGAGUCAGAAUUAGAUAGUGAUAUUGAUAGCGCAGAGACAGAGGGUGUUGAAUCUGAAUCUGUGGAGGGUAAUGUGGGGGCAGAUUAUGAAGUACAAUUAGAUAGUGAUGUGGAGUUGGAAGGCAAUGAGAAUGAUGAGCUUUCAACUGAGUGUAAUGAAUUCAGGCAGUUUGUAGAAGAUGCCAACAAACCCUUAUACCCUGGUUGCAAUAGGCACACAAAGAUGAAUGUGUUGGUUAGGCUUUACAACUUGAAAGUGAAGCAUGGAAACGAGAUACCUGCCUCUGUGUACGAGGCAAAGAAGACUUUGAGUGCAUUGGGAAUGGAUUACACCAAAAUACACGCUUGCCCGAAUGACUGUAUUCUAUAUAGAAAACAGUAUGCUGAUGAAAUGUGUUGUCCUACAUGUGGUAUUUCUAGGUGGGAAGUCUGCAAAAACAAAAAAGAAAGGGAGGGAGUACCUGCAAAAGUGUUGUGGUACUUUCCACCGAUUCCUAGGUUCAAAAGAAUGUUUCAAUCAAUUGAAACAUCGAAGAGUUUAACUUGGCAUGCCACCAACAGAAACAAGGAUGGCUUAAUUCGACAUCCUGCAGAUUCUACGUCUUGGAAGUUGGUAGAUGAUAAAUGGCCAGAUUUUGGUAGUGAGCCAAGAAACCUACGGCUUGCAUUGUCAUCAGAUGGGUUCAAUCCCCAUAGUUCCUUAAGUAGCAAGUAUAGUUGUUGGCCCGUUAUUUUGGUAACCUAUAAUUUGCCUCCAUGGUUGGUAAUGAAGAGGAAACACAUGAUGCUGACCUUAUUGAUAUCAGGCCCUAAACAAUCGGGAAAUGACAUUGAUGUUUACCUUGAACCGUUAAUAGAUGACUUGAAGCUGUUAUGGGAAGGGGUGAAUGGAGUUUAUGAUGCCAUUAAGAAUGAAACUUUUACCCUUAGGGCUUUACUAUUCUGGACAAUCAAUGAUUUUCUAGCUUAUGGUAACCUUUCAAGAAGUAUAGUGAAAGGCUAUAAUGCAUGUCCUAUUUGUCUUGAUAAAACAGAACCUACAAGGCUAGUUCAUGGAGGAAAGAUGGCCUACACCAUUCAUCGACGGUUUUUAGGAAGACACCAUCCUUAUCGAAAGCUAAGGGCUGCUUUCAAUAACCAGCCAGAACAUGCAACAGCUCCAGUGCCAUUGAGUGGAGAAGAAUUGUUGAGGAGGUUGGAGGAGGAAGUUCCACAGUGGCCGUUUGGAAAAAAAAAACCUCCUCCUACUUAUAGGGGUGCUGAGGAUGAAACCAGGCCAUGUUGA